AACGCGGUUUAUUCAAUUUUAUUGCUAUAUAGAAAUUAAAUAUUUAUAAUUAUGAUAUCAUGGACACGAUUAUCUAAUAAAAAAGUAGUUAAUCAAAACCAUUAUUAGAUUAAUGGUGGUGAAAAUGUUGGAACCGUGACUGUAUUAAUACAUUAACUUUUUUAUCUAAGCUUAUAACCUUGCUAUUAAAACCAGUGUAAGGAGUAAUUAAUUUCCUAUUCUUUUUGGACCUUGACUGCAAGGCCAAGGACAAAAUGCUAACCACAAGCCUACGUCACUGUACAAACAUAAACCCACUAGUCCAAUUGAACAGGCAUAUUUACAGACAAUUCUCAAAUCUACCUAAAAUGUGUAUGUGUGGGACAAGUUACCAAAGACCAACAGUUUCUUAUAGAGUACACUCAACACAAAGUGACCAUCAUAGACAAAAAGUUAUUAUAGAGACAACUGCACCUAAGAUAGUUCUGAACAAGAUUAAAGAAGAUAAAAAGGAAAGACAUUAUACAUUAUUCUGGAGAGACAAAGUUGAUCCAUAUAUAAAAUUGGCAAGAUGGGAUAAACCUAUAGGUGUCUACCUCCUAUACUUUCCAAGCACAUGGUCAAUAGCGUUGGCUUCAAUUCCUGGCAAUGUAGAUCUUUACACUAGCUUAAACACUGCUGGUUUGUUCUUAGUUGGUGCAGGUCUCAUGAGAGGAGCUGGGUGUACAAUUAAUGAUCUAUGGGAUAGAGAUAUUGAUAAACAGGUAGAAAGGACAGCUAACCGUCCUCUAGUGGCCGGUUUAAUAAGCGAAAAGCAAGCAAUUGCUUUCCUUGCCUUACAAUUAAGCCUGGGUCUAGGAAUAUUAUUACAAUUUAACUGCUAUAGUGUCUUGUUAGGAGCAAGUAGUAUGUUCUUUGUGAUAACCUACCCACUUGCAAAGAGGUUCACCAACUACCCUCAAGUCUACCUCGGAGCCACAUUCAAUUGGGGAGCAUUACUGGGUUAUUCUGUACUGCAAGGACAUUUGGAACCAUCUGUCUGUGUACCACUGUAUAUAGCUGCAAUGGCAUGGACCGUUUUAUAUGACACCAUAUAUGCUCAUCAGGACAAAGUCGACGAUUCUCGUAUCGGUGUGAAGUCAACAGCGCUAACAUUUGGCGAACACACUAAGCCGGCAUUAACGGCCGCGUUAUCCAUAUCUUUGGCUGGCUUUUCCCUCGCAGGGUACGCGGCAGACCUCAAUGUGUUGUACUAUGCUGGACUGGUUGCGUUCGCCGGCCACGCUGGCCGACAAAUAUACACUCUCGACACCGAAAGCCCUGCGGAUUGUGCGAAAAAGUUUAAGUCCAACGCCGUAGUGGGUUUGAUAAUAUUGAUGGGUAUUUUGGGUGGAGGUUAUAAUAAAUAUAUGGAGAAUCGGGAAAAAUUUAAAGGGAAAGAUAAUUUGGAAGCGACGAAAAGCUGCUUUUUUGGUUAAUAAGAAAUAAAAAAAACGUAAUGUAGCCUUAGUGUAGGGCUUUUGGGAUUGUCAAUCGUUUUUGAUCACCUGUACUGUCAACUGUCAAACUACGACUUUGUAAACGAAGUAAUUAAAUAUUGUCCUAUAUGGCAAGUAAUUUUCAUAAAAUCGCAUUUUGCAAGUUUUAUUUGCGUUUUUAAUACGCAAUAGAGAUAUACAUAGAUGUGAUAGAGAUACAUAGAUGAAUACUAAUAAUGAAUUUUCCACCCAAAGUAAUACUGAAUAGGUCCUUCAUAAUCUGUAUCAAUAAUUAAUAUGAUAUAAUAUAACACUUUCUUUAGAUACUUACGCCCGAACCCAAUAAUUAAUCCACAAUCUCAGAUUGAAAACAAUCGGAGAUCAGACCGUGACAGUCGAUCGAUCUCUUU